AUGGGGCGCAGGCCAAACUGUAUUGUCCGCGAAUUCUUUAAUCGCGGGGCCAAGCUCAUGGACUCGAGCAAUCGCUAUGAGCAUACUUGCAAGUCUUGCGGGCAGAAGUUCCCCAAGGGCCGCGCUGACAGCUUGCUUGGUCAUCUGGUGAAAACCUGCCAGGCAAUUUCGGCUGCGGAUAAAGAGCGGGUGCUUCAUCAUUGGAAAGCGUCCCCGGAGAAAGCAACUGGAAAUGGGACGAAGAAAUCAACAGCUAAUGGACGCAUUGGACGUGUAAAAUCCGGAAACUUGCCAUAUGCGGCGAGGCAGACGGUUUUCAAUGGAGUUGGCGGUCUCAACGGGCUUAAUGUACUGGCAGAGGCCUCGAGGCAAGUCGGUGCUUCUGAUGGGAAGCAACCUGACAACAGCAAUAACAACAACAACGACGAGCUUGCGGGAGAGGUUCUUGCAGGAUCCAAACUUAUUGUGGUAGAUCCGGCUUUGGAAACACCCAACAUAGAGAAAGGAAAUAUUGAGGCCGACCUCCGUGCCGCCCUCGGGCAAUCUUCUCCGCCACCGACUCACUAUGAACCGAAUGUCGCAGAAUCCCCAACUCCGAUGUCGUUUCUGAAUAACAAUUUCUCCCUUGCUCCGGAACAUACCCCGGACCCUGGACAUUCAUCAGAGCUCUCCUUAAUUGCUGCAACAGCCAAUGAGAUGGUCCCGCAGGAUGGCGGUCUAUCCCUGGACACCGAGGUGGAUUUUGGUUCCGAGACUCAUCAAUCGACGUUUUAUCCUCGCCCUAUUGCCAUCCAUCCUAGCCCACAGAAUUCCAGCUCCGGGUUCAUAGACGCUUUUGGAGAGAUUAAUAAGCCGAAACCAAAAAUAAGAGGACAGUUUACAGAGGAGCGUCGAAAGGAGGUUCAAUUAGUUAGGAAAAUGGGAGCUUGCCUUAGAUGUCGGAUGCUGAAGAAAACGUGCUCUUCGGAGGACCCUUGCAAGCAAUGCAGGGCAAUUCAAAACCCUCGAGUAUGGACAGUAUGCUGUAUUCGAGAUAGGUUGCCGACGCAAUUGACGGCUUACUCUGCAGGUCUGCAUACAACGCUCGCAUAUCAUGAAAUUACCACUAUCAAACAUCAAUUUCCUUUCGACCAUGGUAUGGGGAGAAUUGAGAUUUUCCACUUCGACUCCCAGCCUCCAAAGUUCAUCACUUUCGGCGGCCUGCAGCGCCAAACUGAGGCUCAGCCAAGUGUAGAUCCAGCACUCCCCGCAUCGACUUCCGAGGGAGAAUCAAAGGUUGAGGCCCAGCAGGACUUACAUAUCUUGUAUGGUGAUACCGACGAGCUAUCUACCAAGAUUGAGAUGUACAUCAAGACCAUGACGGUACAAUAUUUCGAAUCUGAGCUGUGUAAUUUCAUAAAGCAAACUCUUACUAUGGCUUGGGAAAUUUGUCAGAACGAAGCUGACUCGCUGUUGGCGGGAGUGUUGGAUCUUUGGAUCGCAACUAGGAUCCUCGUCGACACGGAGUUGAAUUGGAAAAUAUACCUCAACCCAACUCUUCCACCCUCUUCCACCCAGCCAUUAUCCUCAACCUCAACCGAAUCGUGCACCGUCAUCGAUGAGACAGUUUCCCCACACUCGUACAAUCUCAUUUGCGCCCAAAUGCGUGCCGCGACAGAGAGAUUCGCCGGACGAAUUAGCAAAGUCGUUCUCGGUAAAAUCGAACAGCGAUUGCUGCAAAAGCAGAGCUCUGGCCACUUCCAAACCUUCCUCGCUGCUAUCAUACUGAUGAACUCUGUUGAGCGAAUGACAUGGUUGUUCAAAAAUUGGGAUAGUAGUGAACAAGGUAAUUUAAAAUGGCCGCUUGAAAGCCGCCCGGCAGUUUACGCAGCCCAAGACGAUCGAUUCGCUGAUAUAGUCAACACUCAUCUUCGCAUGCGGUCUCUUGCACCAGAAUGCAUCGUUGAGGUUGAAACAGGCAACAUAAGGGCCUCUCACAACCGCGACGCAGGGGUAACCAGAUGGUUUGACGCGAUUAACAUUUCGAUUCAAUAUUUCCAAGAACGCCAAAAGGCAGAAUUCGAUCCCUCCAAUCCUCGCUCCCUUGACUUGUUGUAUUGUACUCGUCUGUUCCAGCCAGUCCAGAAGCUCUCAUAA